AUGGAUUACCGCCUCUCACAUACCACAACCAUCACCACGCUGCCGUCUAUGAAGCUAGACACAAGGGCUACCAUGAUGACGCGUGGAAAUACCACCAUGAAGCCAGCGAUGAUGAUGGUAGCUACCACCAUGGAUUACUACCUCUCGCCUCUCACCUACCAUGAUUAUGUUGUCGUCCACAAAGUCGGGAACAAGGUCUACCAUGACGAUGCCCGACAAUACCACCAUGAUGCCACCGCCGAUGACAGAGCCACUGUGUCCUAUACAAUCCAGCCGCUGCCAGCUCCCGUCGUGCUCACCGCAACGCGCCGGCACGUGCAGAGCUCCCUCCACGCUCUCCUCCGGCACCUCCAGCCCUCCCCCUCAACCACCUCGCCCAGCACCGGCGCGCGCGCGCGCAUGGAGACCGCCGCCGCGGCGACAUCCUACCCGGUGGCGCGGGACGCGCCGCCGCGGCCGGCGCCGCAGACGGCGCAGCUGGGCCAGGGCCCGGCGCGGCCGGGGUGGGGGAGCUGGGCGAUCCUGGCGCUCGCGUUCCUCCUCCUCUCCGGCAGCUUCGCGUGGGGCGUCUACCAGUCGCGCCACCGGCCGCGCAACCUCGCCUUCGUCGUCGUCACCUACUACCUCAUCGCGCUGCUCUACUGCUGCCUCGCCAAGCUCGACCUCCUCCGCCGCGACGACCCGGCGGCCGCGGCGGAGCGGUGGCGGGUCAGGAUGGCCGUGUGGUGCGUCUCCGUCGCGCUCGCCAACACCGUCGCCGCCCGCGUCGCCGACGCCAUGCCCAGCGCCGGAUUCAAGAUCGCCGUCUGGGUCUUCACCACCGUCUGCAUAGCCGUCGGGUUCUACUUCUUCUUCGUCCGUGCGGGCGCCGGCCGCCGGACGGACGGCAGGGAUCUCCGUGACGUGUCCCCGGAGCAGAGGGUCUGAACUCGUAUAUGUGGAACUGCCUAUUGUUUCAUUUUUUUAAUUUUGUAUAAAUUUAUUACAGUAUUUUUGUGGUAAACUGUUAUGUCAUUGUCGUUUUUUUGCGGGGAAUUGUCUGUUAACACCACGAACAA